AGAAUAUUUAUUAGAUUAGAAAGAAGAAAGAAAAACCCUAAACAUAAGUGGUUGAUCCAACUUAUUAUGCCGGUCCUUAAUAGUGUCUUAGGGAGCACCAAGACCCCACCUUUGCUUCUCAUCUCCGCGACCAUUAACCCCUUAGUUGACCUGUCAUUGUUCCCCACUCCUUUUCUUCAAUCUUUCUAUAUAUCCCUCUUUCAGUUUCCAUUCCCCUUCUCAUUUUUUUCCCAUUUUUCCAAACACCCUGUUCUUUUUUUUCAACAAAUGGCUAAAGAAUCCCUUGGACUUGAUAUCACCGAGCUUCGUCUCGGUCUCGGUCUCCCUGGAAACAGCGACAAAAACGAAAAGAAACGAGCCUACAAUGAUAUUGUCAAUGGGGGUCACGAGCCAACGAGAGACGGUGAUGAUGUCGGAAGAAAGAACAGUAACGCGACGAGUAAGGGACAAGUCGUGGGGUGGCCACCGGUUUGUUCAUAUAGAAAAAGAAAUAGUUUUGGAGAAAAAGAGUCGUCGUCGUCGUUACCGCAUGAGAACGAGAAUUCGAAAAUGUACGUGAAGAUUAGCAUGGAUGGAGCUCCAUUUUUGCGUAAACUUGACUUGGGUUCUCAUAAGGACUACUCGGAUCUUGCUGUUGCUCUUGAAAAGCUCUUUGGUUGCUUUGGAAGUACUGGGAAGACAUUAAAGCAUGGAGAAAGUUGUGAUUACGUUCCCAUUUAUGAGGACAAAGAUGGGGACUGGAUGCUUGUUGGAGACGUCCCUUGGGAGAUGUUUAUUGAAUCUUGCAAGAGAUUGAGGAUAAUGAAGAGAUCUGAAGCCAAAGGAUUCGGCCUUCAAUUUAAGGAUCUAUAAAUGCCUUAAACAUAUAUAUUUCGGUUAAUUAAUUUUUAUAUUUGUAAUAUUUGAAUUGCUUAAUUGCUAUGACUUUAUUUUGUUUAAAAAGUAGACAUAAUUAGAAGUGAUUCAUAUAGUUAAUAUAGGAGGAUUUCUCUGUUAAUUUUGUUUAGUUGAUAUUGUCAAUGUCACACAUGUGUGUGACUCUAUUUUAGGAGGGACAUAUAUAAAAUUAGAUUCUAGUAAUGUAUGAAGUUUGUUUACUUAAUAUGAAUAUGUUUAGUUUUU